GCAGAGAAGGGAACUGCUGAUUUUCUUUUUGAGGACCUAGAAUUAUCUGAUGAGGAAGGUUUAUUUGAUGAAACUGAUGAUCGAAGGUGUAAUAAGGUGAAGUUGACAUUGCUAAAGAAAAAAGAGAUGGAGCUGAGAGAUAAAAAGGACAAGAAGAAGAAAAAUGGUGUUGAUACUGAAAGAGGCAAUGGUGAUACUGAAGUUGCAUUUAGUGAUGUGGAGGAUGAAGAAAUGAGUUGUCUAUAUGAUAAUAAAUGUCCAGAGUUUAAGUCUGAUUCUGAGAUGGAGAAAUUUGUAUUAGAGCCUAUGCUAAAGUUCAAGAAUGGCAAUGAGUACAGGAUGGUCAUCAGAGAUUAUUCAGUGAGGCAUGGCAUUCAGCUUGAGCUUAUGAAGAAUGAGCAUAAUAGAGUUUUAGUCAAGUGUCACACAUGCGACAAUUGGAGAGUAAGAGCAUCAUGGGUCCAAGGUGGUCCUACAUUUCAGAUCAAAACAAUGAAUUGUCCGGAGACACAUUGUGCAUGGAGGUUUGAUAACACAGCUGCUACCUACAAGCCUAUCAUUGCAAUUGAUGGAUGCUUUAUAAAGACACCCUUUGGAGGGCAGUUGUUGUGUGCAGUGGCAAGGGAUGGAAACGACAACAUGUUUCCAAUUGCUUUUGCAAUAGUGCCCGUGGAGAACAAUUUAAACUGGAGUUGGUUUUUACAUCACUUGCAUAUAGUAAUUGGUGAUCCGUGGAGAAGGGAAUAUGCUACAUUAGUGAUAGAGAAAAAGGUGAUGAAAGACGAUGUCACUCAUGUGGUUAAGUUCAGUACAAAGGAGUGCACUUGCAGGAAGUAUCAACUCACUGGUGUCCCAUGUUUGCAUGCAUUAGCCGUGUGUCACAGGUUCAGAUAUAAUGAAGAUCUCUACGUGGACAAAUACUUCUACGUUGCCACAUAUAAAAAGGCAUAUGGGAAUGUUAUUCAACCUGUACCAGGUUCACAUAACUAUGUCAACACGUUGUAUACACCGUUGCUACCUUGUGUUGUUAAAAGAAAGAUUGGAAGACCCAAGAAAAACAGAAGAAAAUCUGCACAGGAAGAGGAGGAUGUGAAAAGAUCUUCCGAUCUCAACUCUUCAUUUACUCUAUCUCCAAACUCAACUACUUCGUCUCCUAGAUCUGCAAUGGAUUCGUACGAUUUGCGCUUCGAAUCCAUUAUUCUGGAGACACAAUUUGAAGAUAUUGGAGUUGAUGAUGGGGAUUUCAUCUCUGACAAGGAGGAGGACGAGGUCAUCGUCAUCGACAGCGACGACGAUAUGGCCGAUGUUGCCCCGGUUAGAGAGAGGAAGGACGUUAUCCUUCUUGAAUCUCAGAAAGACGCUGUUUUUCUCCUUGGGAGGGAGGAGCCUAACUUCGUUGUUCUAUACGGUGAUAUUGAUGAUGCUGAUUGGUGUGAAAAAAGUGAGAUUGAGCCUACUCAUGCAAUCAACUCACGCAUGCACCUCCACAUCGAUAUGCUGAAUAUCUUGCUUCCAAGUCCUGAUCCACAGUUUUGGGCUUCAAAUGGACUUAGGCUUAUGGAUGACAGCUGCAAGUGUGAUCUUACAGUAGUCCUCUUCCUCAGGGGAGUGUCUGUUAUAGCCUUUACAUCCAUCACAUCCCUUUUUCUGCCACUUUUUCCUGCCAUUCUCUUUUUGACAUCAAUGGCAAUGCCCAGCUCUAAUUGUUUCUUUGCAAUGGCCCAUAUGCUACUGACUGUUCUUGUAGACACUUUAAAUUGUGCUGCAAGAAAACCUUCCAAGAAGAUGAUGGUGCAGACACGCAGCAAUGCAAAUGCUGGAACCGGAGCCCCCCACCAGGGCGAAAAGAGCGCUACCGGAGGCCGGCACCCUCCUAUCAAUACGACAGAGGCGGAGGCCCUCAUUCAGAGGGUUGGGAUCACGGUUGAGCAGUUCAAGGAGGUGCUGGCGGUACUGACGCCCAAUCGCGAGAUUGUGGUGGAAGACGCGACCGGGGUACCCAUAGGCGAGAAGGCUGGACCUGCGGGCUCACAGGGAAAGAAGAAAAAGGUGAGGCGAUCCCAAAAGAAGAAGGCGACCAAGCCUAAUGAGAAAGCCAGGAUUGAAGAUGCGCUGUCCAGAUUGGACGAGGAAGACGAGUCGUCCUCUUUUGAGCGGGCGUCAGCCUUUGAUCGCUUGGGAGACCCCAAGGCAAAGAAGCCCCGAACCUCCGCGUUCGAUCGGCUGCAAGACACGCGGUCGGCCCGCAAAGGCGACCUGAGUGAGAUGCUCAAGGAAAGGAGAGGAGAAUCCACUGCGACCUCCACGAUCGGCUCAGAGGAACGACGAAAGGCGGUCGAGGACAAGGAAGCAGCUGAGUUGUGGAGGAUGUAUGAGCGAUUGGAGAGGCGGCUGGACGCCCAGAACCCCUAUCGCCAGGCGGUCUUUAACGAGGAAUUCAUCAAUAGGCGGGAGAAAGAGGCUAGGGACGUCCAAGGGGCGGACGACCAGGCCCUGAUCGCUAUGCUCCAAGUGGAACUCCCCCAAGGGGAUGUGUGCAAGGAGCUGCGACGAAACCCGCUCUCGACCUAUCAGGAGAUGCUGGCUAGAGCGAAGUACCUGGCGUUGGAAGAGGAAGAUGACAAGCCACCCGUCCGGAAGGAAAAGAAAAGUGGACCACCGGUGGCAGAAGGAAAGAAGAGGAAAUACUACGAGGACAUGCCUGGGGUCGAUCCGAAAAUCAUCUGCCAUAGGUUGGCAGUGGAUCCGACACAUAAGCCAGUCAAGCAGAAGAAACGUUUCCUUUCCUCAGAAAGGAGAGAAUUUGUCACUAAGCAAGUGACGACCUUGCAGUCCAUUGGGCACAUCCGGGAGGUCUCAAACAACGAGGCUGAAUAUGAGGCACUGCUCUGCGGUUUGAGGCUGGCAGCGUCGUUAAAGGCUGAACGGAUCCAGGUCCAGUGCGAUUCCAAGCUAAUAGUAGGCCAUGUCAUGGGAGAGUUUGAGGCCAAGGAUGAGCGAAUGAAGAGGUACAGAGAUACUGCUCUGGAAUUACUUAAGGCGUUCGGGGCAUACUGGAUAGAGCAGGUCCCUCGAGAAGAAAAUGCCGAGGAGGACAUCCUGUCGAAACUUGGUCCGGACUCCCCAGAUCAUAUCAGAGCGAUAACCCAGGAAGAAGAAUUGCUCGAGCCAAGUAUCAGUCCCGGACAGGUCGAGAACACUAACCGUACCAUUGUGGAUGGCCUGAAGAAGAAGAUAAUGGAGUGUAAAAGCGCCUGGGUGGAGGAGUUCCCAUACAUCUUGUGGACCUACAGAACUACUCCAAGGAAAGCUACGGGUGAAACUCCGUUUGCGCUCACAUAUGGGUUUGAGGCAAGGGCCCCGGCUGAGACCUCGUUGCUAAGCUAUAGGGUGGAGACAUUUGACGCCCAAGAGAAUGAAGGGAACCUAAGGGCAGAGUUGCAUCUCAUAGAUGAGCGAAGAGAAAGGGCGUACAUAUGGGCAGAGAAUUAUCGUCGGCAAGUUAAGUCGUACCAUGACCAAAGGGUGCGACCAAGGCAGUUCGGAAUAGGCGACUGGGUCCUAAGAAAAAGGGAGGUCAGCCGGUCGACCGAUGGGGGGAAGUUUGCCAAGAGUUUUGAAGGGCCAUACAUCAUAAAGGAAAUGUUGGCCGAUGGAAUGUUCAGACUACAAACACCAGCGGGAGGCGACGUCCCGCGGGUGUGGAAUGCUGCCAAUCUUAUCAAAUUUUAUCAGUAGAUUGUACUCCUGCCAUGUUUCCCUUUUGAAUUUAAUGAGUUCAUCGUUCUGGCACUUCUCUUCUUGAAUUUCAUCGUUCAAAAAAAAGGAAGCGACCAAAGAGAUCGCUAAAUAGAGGUACAUGGUGAUUCGCACUAAGACGCCCACCAGGGGAUGAAGUGCUGAACCCAGUUGGCAACCAAGUCUAAAGGUUGUCAGAGAGUGCUCGCUCCACGGUCGCCAGGGCGACCAUAGGAAAGCGCGACUAACAAGAGGAUGGCGUCGUGGCGAGAAAGCCUAAGAAAACGGCUAAGUCCAG